UAGUAGAAACAAUAUUUUCGUACCCUAACACGAUGUGCAGAAAUUGAAAUAUAGAACAUAUGUAGGCAUGAUAACAAUAUGACGCUUCCUAUUUACUUGCACAGACAACGAUCCAGUGAUACUGACCAAGCUACCGAGCAAGAGAGUACAGGGACACCCUGCAAUGACAUCCAAGGGGCACUUCUGUCUGACGAUGGUGAGUAUGUGGACACUUUACCUUCCAUGGUUACCUUGCAAGAGGCUGACAACGACAGUGUCGUCUACUACAACGUCCCGGUGGAAUCUUCACCAAGCUCGCACCAGCCUCGUACAAGUAAUGUCUACGAGAACAUCCCACCGGCGCCAUCUUGCGGACAUUAUCAAGAACUGCAGCCAGCUGUGUAUCAGAGCUUGCAGAAAUUCUGAAGCCCUCCUGUACACUUCUUGUCGACAAAAUGAGUCAUUUACUUAUUAUAUAUCGGCAGGAUAAUAUAUGAAGAACUUUAUUGCGUGACUAAAUUGUACGUGGUACAAUGUAUAGCAACAACUAUUACAUAAAGUGCAAAAUAAAGGUAUAGAAUAGAGCUUUUAAGCUUCCUAAUACUAGUAUACAUAACAAUAAGGGCUAACAAUAAUUCUAUUAGUAUAUGGAGUGGGCUAAUCAUUAGUUUCGAUAUUCGUCCUAAUGAAAAAUCAGUCCUUUGUAUAUUUGCCUAUUUUUGCAUUAUGGGAGUUCUACAGAAGUGACAUAAAGAUAUAU